GGUCGGUUUGCAGGGCAGCAGGAUCUUGAGUUUGAUUAGCGUAUUAAGGUGUAGGAUAGGCGCUAUUAAUAGGUGAAUUAUUUUACGCUCUUAGUUAGAAAAACGCUAGAGUGAUACACAAACGUUCCAAUUCAUUAUUCAAAGACAUUAGAAAUGCGUCCUUAUUUUUAUCACAUUGCCAAUUGGCAUUAAACGAUUGGUUCCCCAGUAGUUAUGCUAUUUUACUUGUCGACUUCAAGAAAAGUAUUAAUCGAAAAUAAAGCAGAGAUUUUUUUCCAAGUUUAAGGCACUAUGAAGUCAUUCUCGAUUUGCAAGCGGAUUUAAAUUAAUUUUUGUAAUUCGACCUCCAAUUUGCAAAAGCAGCAUUUUUAAAUUUGAGAAUCCUUGGUGAAACUUUUCAACCACUUCAAGGGUUUACGUGAAACGUUUCAAUGCAGCGCUGCAGGCGAACGUCAGUCGAAAGAAAUGGCACAAAUAAACAAACAAAUAUACGCUUGCUGCCUGUAGUGGACAAACGCCGAUUUUUCUAAUCGGCAAAGCGGCACUCAAUGUGGGAAAAAUGUCGUUUAUGUUUAAAGAAAAUAGGUGCCAGAAAGGGAGCGUCCAUCACCGACGACGAAUUCGGCGCCAUGCUGAGCCGUGUGUUCACUUUCCCGGUAUGUGUGCAUUUUUCUCACCUGCUUCAUUGGUGCUGAUUUCUCUGUGCUGUGUUGUUUUAGGUCGCCGUUAACGAAUCCGUUUUGCUGGUAAAUGUUUGUUUCAAAUGUGCGUUCACGGUGCGAAAUUUUAACGCCUUUAGUGAAGAGGUCGAGGCAAAUCAGAACGUUUUGUUAAGCGAGUUAAUGGUGGAGGAGAAAGGUAGGGAAUUAGAUGAUGAAAAGGUAAAGCAUACUCAAGUAAUCUCAUCACGAGAGCCAACUGUGGAGCCAAAAGGACGGGAAGUGGAAGAUGUUAAACAUUGCCAUUCACUGACAAAGCCUGUCCUCGAUCAAGAAUCUGAAACAAAUGAAAAAAAGCUCGUGGAAAAGCUCGCUGAUGAUGAUGAUCAGACCACUAGUAUGCUGCCCAUAGAGGAUAUGGAAGUGCUGCUAAAAGAACAGCUGGAUGAUGACUUUUCCUCUGACGACAACAACAGCACAACACACACCGAUGACAAAACCCCGAACAGUUGCAGCAAAAAGCCCGACCUGCACGAGAACGAUCGCAUCAUUAUGGAGUUUUUCGAGAUGCGCUGCGAGCUCUGCCCGAAACAGGCCGAACAAAGCUUCGAUCGGUUCUACACGCUGCAGCGGCACUAUCGCGUGGCGCACCAGUGUCGCGGAUUUUUGCGCUGCUGCGGCAGAAAGCUUUACCGUCGGUUUCGCGUCAUGGAACACAUCCAGUCACAUCGCGGCACGAUCCGGUGCGGGAUUUGCGACAAGCCGUUCAAAAGCAAGAGCUACCUGAUGCGCCACAAUGCCGAGCAGCACGUGGCCGAGGGACCGUCCUUCGCCUGCCAGCACUGUGAGCGAACGUUUCACACCCAGCGGCAGCUGAAUCAGCACCUGCCCGCACACGAAACGACGGUGUGCAAGAUCUGCGGCAAAACGGUGAACGUCCGGUACCUGAAGCAGCAUACCGCACUGAUACACGGCACGGUACGCCAGGGCUACAUGUGCGAUCUGUGCGGGAAGAACUUUUCCAGCAGCUUGGCGCUGGACCGGCACAUCAAGCAGCACCAGGGCAUCGAGACGAUCGAGAAGCUAGACUGUCCGCACUGUGGCAAGCAGCUGAACGGGAAGUACAACCUGCAGAAGCACGUGCGCUGCAUGCAUGUGGAGGCGGGCAAGAGCUACCGGUGCGAGGUGUGCGGCCACUUCAGCCCGAACAGUGUGGCGCUGGAGAACCACAAAAAGCGGGUGCACACGGGCGAACACUUUGAGUGUGGGGAGUGUGGCAAGCGGUUCAAGCAGAAGAUUUAUCUGACGGAGCACGUGGCGGCGCUGCACACGCGCAAACCGCUGUACGCGUGCGAGUUUUGCGAGGCUACGUUCAAGUCGAGGGCGAACUACUACACGCACCGGAAGACCCGGCACCGGGCAGAGUGGGAAGCGCUCAGGGAGGAGAGGAAACAAGGGGAGGGCAAGAGAUUGUUUGCCGCGGCGGAUGUGAUCACUGGAGUCGUCUAGGGAAUGGUUUGUUUUUGGAGAUGUGUACGAGGUUUUGCUUUGUUUGUAAUUACGAAAAGAUUAAAUUAUUUUAAUGCAAUUCGACCUAUUUGAUAUUAAAUUGAAUAUUUGCAAAAGCAGGCAAAAUGGUUUUUUUUUUUUAUAAAAUGGAAAUUAAUCCAAAAUUAAUUAAUUUAAUUUGUGCAUCUCUUGCCAGUUUUGUAAAAUAAUGAUGCAUCUUUCCCACCAAAGCAUUAUCUCCGAAUCAGCUCAAAACCCCCUCUGUGGAACCAUCUCAGUCGGGACCUCUUGUUCUUGUGGACAGGUCUAAAACCUGUUUCACAAAGUCGAACUGUUCGGUGUAAUUCUCCUCACAUGACCAGCAUACAAAUAUGUAUCAUUGCAUUAGAAAAUCGCGAUUUUGUAUAAUUAAAUAGCAUUUGACCAUAAAUUUCCUUAAAUCCAUACGUGACACCUAACUUAUGAUGGGAUUUGGGAAUACAAUGGAGCGCCGUUUAUCCGGAUACCUUUUAUCCGGCUUUCCGUUUAUCCGUGCUGUUGAGAAAUGACAGUUCAAUACAAAAGUGACAUUGGGAUAUGAGGAGGAUAUUUGAAAAAGCGGUUAUAAGAGCACAUUGUCAU